AUGUCAACAAUUUCUAUUAACCCCCCUCCUUCAUUACAUAGAUGGAAACACAACUAUUCUAUUUUAUGUUCUAUACCAUUUCCUUCUAAGAAAAUAUUGUUUGCCGGUACCCAAGACUCCAAGAUUUUAUGUUUUGACUCAACAACCUAUACUUUAAUUAAAACAAUUAAAUUGGGCUACCAGCAACAACAACAACAACAACAACAACAACAAGAGGGAGAAUCCAACCUUAACGAUGCAUAUACAGAUAAAUUAGAAAAUACAAAAUCUAGUGUUUUAUGUUUAGCUAAAUCUCAAGAUGAACAUUAUUUAUUUGCAGGCGGUGCCGAUUCCUUGGUUAGAAUAUGGAAUAUUGAUGUAGAACCUCUGAAAACAACUUCCGCCAAUAACUUUAACCCAGGAAAUAUUAUUAUUCAAGAAAUAGCUGCAAUCUAUUCUACCAUAGAUAUCGGUGAUAUUUUCAGUUUAACAUAUUUAGAUUCUACUCAAACCGUAAUUUUCGGUUCACAAAGAGCUUCUUUGUUGUAUGUCAGUGAUAUUUUUAACUCUAAAAUAUGCAGCCAUUCUUAUGACAAAUUGCCUCAUGUUAGAUAUGAUAAAUUUUUCGAUUCCACAGGCCCUGAUGGUAAAAAACCUGUUUCCGUUAGCAGUCCUAUAUCGCGUGGUAUAUCUCCGUGUCUAGCCAAUUCAAAUGAUACACUGUAUGAUGGUAUAAACAACCAAUCGAGUGUUAUUAUAGAGGUUCCCUCUGAGAAUAUUAUUCUGUAUGCUCAUAACGGCUUUAUUUAUUCAUUAUGCCAGUACGAAAACAAUUUGGAACACAAUAAAAAGUAUAUUUGUUCAGGUGCAGGUGAUGGCAUAUCAAAAAUAUGGACUUUUAAUAAGAAAACUUUAAAACUAGAAUAUAUAUUUCAAUUGCCGUAUCAUGCGAACACAAAUGCAGUAAAACAAGAUGCUUUUGAAAUUGAUGGUGAUACUGGAGAAGACGAUGAGGAUGAGGAUGAGGAUGAGGAUGACGAUGAUAUCGUUUAUUGCCAAGCUGUUCAAUUUCCAUUUUUAUAUUGCGGACUCAAUUCAGGCAUUGUCAAAAUUUACGAUUUGAAUACAAGACAGUUGGUUUCUGUAUUAACAUGCGGUACUACUGACGAUGUAACUGGGAUAGUUGUUUAUAAGGACUGCGUGUUUGUAGCCACAAAAAAUUCAAUUUUCAAGUUUACCGGGAAUAGCGACAGAUAUAAAUGGGAUAUUAAUGGACAAUUGGGAAAUAUUUUAUCGAUGUCAUUAUUUUCUUGUGAACAAAUUUGUAAAAAUUGUUCAAGAUUACGGUUGGUCACAGGUAGUAAUGAUGGUAGCCUAGUUUUAUGGAAUAUUACUGACUUGGUGGACAAAAAAUUGAAUGAAUACCAAGAAUAUCCACAUACUUUGAAAUGCAUCGACUUUAAUAAUGAUCAUUUACUACAAACUUUAAAAGAAUUAGUUGGUUUCCAAUCUGUUUCUUCGUCUUCUAACAUUAACAAAUACCUGAUCGACUCACACCGUUGUGCCACGUAUUUAGUCGAUUUAUUAAAUCAAUUUGGUGCAUCUAGCAAAUUGAUACCGGUUUUAAAGGGCAACAAAAACCCAAUUGUAUACGGUAAAUUUAAAGCAAAUACAACUAACAGUGGUAAAAAAAAAUCUAUAUUGUGGUAUGGCCAUUACGAUGUCAUACCAGCCGAAGAUACAACUUCUUGGGUUACCGAUCCAUUUAAAUUAACGAGCGAAAAUGGAUUCUUAAAAGCUCGCGGUGUUUCAGAUAACAAAGGUCCGUUAUUGGCCGCAAUAUAUGCAAUUGCAGAUGUGUAUAACAACAAUCAACUUCAAAACGACAUAACUUUUUUAAUUGAAGGCCAAGAAGAAUCUGGCAGCCGUGGGUUUUUUGAAGCACUAAACAAUAAUUUGGGGAAAGAAGAAAGCUUUGAUUGGAUUUUAUUUAGUAACUCAUACUGGUUAGACCAACAUAUUCCAUGUUUAAAUUAUGGUUUACGAGGCGUUAUCAAUUCUAAAAUCACCAUCACGAGUAAAGAAUCUGAUAGGCAUUCUGGGGUAGAUGGUGGGGUGCACAAAGAACCCACAACUGAAAUUUUCCAAAUCAUCUCUAAACUAAUUGAAAGCAACGACAAGGUAUUAAUACCUGAAUUUUACUCUACUUUGAAACCAAUUUCUGAGUCUGAAUUGAAAAAUUUCAAAAAAAUUUUAGAAAGAACAAACAUAGAUCAUACAAUUGAUGAUUUAAUUGUUAAAUGGACAAGGCCAUCGUUGUCCAUCACCUCUAUGAGUGUAUCUGGUCCUGGAAACGUUACCGUAAUUCCUAAAUCUGCCACCGUUAGUGUUUCAAUUAGAAUUGUACCUGAACAAAACUUGAAUGAUGUUAAAACAAAGUUUAUCACCUAUUUGGAAAACAAUUUCAAAAAACUAAUGUCAAAGAAUCAGUUAUUUAUCGAGAUUUUAAACGAGGCAGAACCUUGGCUGGGUAAUCCUGACAACCGAGCUUAUCAAAUAAUUAGAAAAGAGGUGGAGGAUGUGUGGGGUACAGAACCGUUGUUAGUUAGAGAAGGUGGAUCUAUUCCAAUGGUUAGAGUUUUAGAGCAACAUUUUAAUGCGCCUGCAAUACAAAUACCUUGUGGUCAGUCUACUGAUAACGCCCAUUUGGACAAUGAACAAUUAAGAAUCGUUAACUUUUUUAAUUUAAGAGUAAUUAUCCACAAUGUAAUUAAUAGGUUAUAG